GAGGAAAAGAAGCUUAUUUAUACAGCUGCACUCCAGGUGAGCAGCACCUUUACGUCAUGCCUCUCUACAACGUGAUCGCUGUGGCGACCCUGCUGACCGCGCUGACCCCAGAGUCCCUCUCACAGAUCGCUGUCUGCGGUCGGCCCCGGCUCAACACCCGGAUCGUGGGGGGGCAGGAGGCCCCUGCGGGCAGCUGGCCCUGGCAGGCCAGUCUGACACGGUCUGGAAGUCACUUCUGUGGAGGGUCGCUGAUCAACAGUCAAUGGGUGCUGACUGCUGCUCACUGCUUCCAACCACCCAACACCAACGGCCUACUGGUGCACCUGGGGCGCCAGAACCUGCAGGGCUCCAACCCCAACGAGGUGCAGAGGACGGUGUCGAGCAUCAUCAACCACCCCGGUUACAACUCCCCACCCAACGACAACGACAUCACCCUCCUCCGCCUGUCCUCGCCGGUGACCUUCACCGACUUCAUCCUGCCCGUCUGCCUGGCGGCGCCCGGCAGCAGUUUCUUCAGCGGCAUCAACUCCUGGGUCACCGGCUGGGGCACCACGGGCUUUGGAACAUCCUUUCCGCUCUCACGAAGCCUGAUGGAGGUGCAGGUGCCCAUCGUGGGGAACAGAGAGUGCAACUGUAACUACGGAGUGGGCCAAAUCACAGACAACAUGAUCUGUGCCGGGCUGCGUACUGGAGGGAAGGACUCCUGUCAGGGGGACUCGGGGGGUCCGUUGACGAGCCAGCAGGCCGGCGUCUGGGUCCAGGAGGGGGUCGUCAGUUUUGGAAAUGAAUGCGCCUUGCCUGGAUUCCCCGGAGUCUACACCAGGGUGUCCCGGUACCAGUCGUGGAUCAACAGCCAGAUCUCCAGCAACCAGCCGGGCUUCGUCGUCUUCACCUCCACCGGCACCGACAGCGACCUCAGCAUCACCUGCCCCGGUCUGCCUCCGCCCCCGACCCCAGCGGCCCCAGCGGUGGUCUGCGGCAGCGCCUCCCUGAACUCCCGUCUGUCGGGUGGGGGCUCCGUGGCCUCGGCGGGGGUGUGGCCCUGGAUGGCGAGCCUGCAGAAGAACGGGAGCCACGUGUGCGGCGGGACCCUGGUGGCCGAGGACGCCGUGCUGAGUGACGCCGACUGCUUCUCCAGACCCCCCUCUCCGUCCGAGUGGACCGUGGUGCUGGGCCGCCUGAAGCAGAACGGGUCCAACCCCUUUGAAGUGACCCUCAACGUGACCAGCAUCACCAUGAGCAACCUGAACGGGUCCAACGUGGCGGUUCUGAAGCUGGCCCGCCGGCCCGUCCUGUCCCCCUACAUCCAGCCCAUCUGCCUGGGCAACAGACUCUUCGCCGUGGGCUCCACGUGCUGGGCCGCCGGUUGGAAUGCCGGGCGAGGAGGAGAGGAACAAGUUCUGCAGGAGUUCCAGACCUCAGUGGAGAACUGUCUGAACGUGUCGGCGUUUGGAGACACCAUCUGUACCGGGACCUUCGUCCUGGAGCAGGGGGACUCUGGGGGGCCGCUGAUGUGUAAGCUGGAUGGCUUCUGGUUCCAGGCAGCGGUGUUAACCUCUGAAAACACCACCAGGCAGACGCGAGCCGCGCAGAUGGUGUUCGCCAAGCUGAGCCGCUUCAAUAACUUUCUGCUUGAUACGGUGGGGUUCUUAUCACCCCCCGUCGCCCCCACCAACGAGACCACGGCCUCCAGCGGGGAUCACGUCGCUCACUCCCCCUCCUUCUUCCUCCUCCUCCACCUGCUGGUGUUCCCCGUUUGUCUCCACAUCUUCCUGUAGGAGCCUCCUCUCUGUUAGUAGUGCGUUGACUCAUCAGAAUGUGACUUUACUCUGAAGGACAGCGACCUCCAUCUGACCUCACAGCUCCAUCACCUCCACUUCCUGUCCGCUUUAAGAACAUAAAACUACUUCCUGUUAUUAACAGACUCUGAAAUUAGAAUUAAGCUGCACUGAUUAAAUGUACGUGUUUUGUUAUUUUUAAUUCAAUACCAUGAAGACGUUGGUGAAAUCUUUGUUACAUGUGAUAUUUGUGCUCUGAUGAUUAUUUUAGAACAUAAUGAUGCAGCGUUAUGCUCCAAACCCUGGGGGGUAAGAGGGGGUAUUUAUUGAUUACAUUACUACUUUACGAGAUCUGAAGAACAGACGAUGAUCCGCCUGUCAAUCAUCUUCCUUGUGUUACGUGACGGGUCGGUUUCUACAGACACACGCAGUUAUUCACUGAAGAGACGUCUGACCUCCAUCCGACUCACAGACGUUGGUCUUUACUACGAAAUUAAAAAGACGUGUAGAGAAAGUGA